UUGGGUGGAGGAUUAGAAUUCGCCAUGCGAUAUGGUUCUUAUCUCACUGAUCUUUUGUCCUUUGGUAGAUAAACUGUCGCCGCCAUUGAUACAUAAUGCCUACUGUGUUUCUUGUGGACUGCUCCCUAUCAAUGAUGAGGCCUGUAUCCUCAGAAGAGAGCUCUCCAUCAAGACUGAAACUAGCUCGCCAAGGAGUGUCGUGGUUCUUCGACUACCUUGCCCAGUACUACCCCCUAGAGUACACCUCUCUCUUAACCUUCUCCUCCAGCUGUGACAUUGUUGUGCCGUUUACUCGCGAUUACGAAACGCUAAAGACGAAACUCGACGAAGUGUCUAUUCAAGAUCGAACCGAUUUGCACUCUGCACUGUGCAUAAUGGUGGAUGUCAUUGUUAACGAAUGGGGCUCUUUUGCCCCCUGUCAAGUUGUCGUGGUGACAGACGGCUCCCCUGGCGUGAGGCAUCAGGAUUCGGCUAGACGUUCUAAACACUCGUUCUUCACUCCGUUUCCUUGUCAGAUUAGUGUUGUGUGUGUAGCGUCAAAGAGUGAGAUGACAUCACCGGCUAGAAGAGGUGGAAUUGAAAGACUGUGUGAAACGGUCGGUAUAUCUAGAGCGGAUGUUUACCUACCAAAUGAUGACCUGUGCGAAGACGGUGUGAAAGAUGCAGUUACUCGACUAGUUAGAAAAUGCUUUUUACCGUUCACGACUUGUAUCAAAUGUGGUCAUUUGAGUGUCCCUGUUGGCUUAACCCCCUCCCCACACAUGCUGCAGACGAAUUUUAACCUCUCUGUUUCCGUCGACCAGACGUUUCCACCUCUUGAGAGCAGCCUCCGCGAUUUAUCGUACCCCAGUGAAAUGAAAGUGUGUGGGUUUAUCGACAUCAGUGCAAUUCCCGCCCCCCCUCAUUACUCAAGACAUUUCGUACUCGAUCCAGUCACACUCAGUGAGUCUUUUGAGUUGGGCCAAGAAAAACCUCAACAACAGUCGGAGGAGAGUCAGAAACCUUCGUUUAGAGUCCUGCUCCAUGGUGGACUGAAAUGUGAAACUAAAGCCGCACUGCUCAAAUUAGAUGAUGACUGGUACGGUCUACUAUUCUCACAAACAUCAACUGCUAAGAAAUCCAAUCUUGUCCUUUGUGUGUUUCACCCAAGCUCUGACCUCCCCUGGCUAGGGCCUUUCCCCUACCUCGGACCAAAGACAGCUGCAGCGUCUGACCCACGUCAAACAAAACCACAGACUACUGACAAGUCUUUUCCAGUGAUACCUUCACAUUUACCUAGCUACCACACUCCUAGCAACAUGCUCUGGGCCAAAGAAGCUCUCUUACAGACUGAUGUUUCCAAGGUCAUAAGAUACUGUAGGAAAUUGCCUGACAAAGAAGCAUCUCUUGUAAAGGAGUUGAACAAGUUGCGACAGGUCUCGCUGACGUUCCACAUCCCCGAGCUAGUGGAGUUGCUGUGUAUCGUCCUGGGCAAGGAGGUGGCUAGUCCUCACCCGAGCCCAGCCACGAAGAAGAUGCUGCAGCAAUGUGUCACCUUCCUAAGCAGCAACAAGAGCCCCACUGAGAGACUUGUAGUGAACUCUAGCAAGAGCUAACACACACUUAUAAAUUAUAAUAUCAUUUAAUUUUAAUUUGCAAUCUAAUAAUAAUAUAUUGCCUAUAAUAAUAAUUUUAUUGUAUGAGCAGUA